AUGGCAUUAUCUCCAGUCAUCUUACAAAUGGGUUCAGACAAGAAAGCAUCAAUUGAAAAAUUAUUUGAAGGCUGGGCUAAAGCAUUUAACCAUAGCUGGAAAUUUAUUGAUCGCUACAAGUGCUUGCCUCUUCCUAAUUGGUGUAGAAAUAUUGUCAUGACCAAGGAUACUCCACUCUCAUUUUCUAUUCCGGAUGAGACGGGUCAAGAUGAAGGCAUUUGUUCGCUUGCUGUGACACAAUUUUUAAUUGAUAAGCAUAAUGAAGUGAUUGAGAAAGUUGGAAAACUAUUCAAUAAGAACGUGGAAAACACUCCAAUUGAAAUUUCGAGCCGUUUCGUCUCCAAACAUCAUCUCAUUGUAUUUAACAUCGAAGAAGAGUUGGUAUCAGUCAUUGCAGAAUCGAAAUUAAAUGAACCAACAUUGACUUCCAACAAUACUAAUGGCGACAAGCAAAAAUCAAGUGCAAGACACAAAUUUGAUUAUGAAAGAAUUGAGCAAUUUAUUUUGACAAAAUACUUGUCAGGAAAACCAAAAAUCAAGUUAGAAUUGGAAGGGUUCUUAUUCUUAAACGAAACAAGAUACUCGACUGGUUUUGGAGAUCAAAUUGGAGGACCUGUGAGCGAACUUAAACGAAAAAUCAAGCAAGUGGAAAUUCCAACAGAUAUCAAACAAGCGAUCAUUCUAGAGAUGAGAGCCAACGAAACUAGUUUAGACAUAAUCCAAGCCUGUUUAAGACAAGUGGAAGAAUGUAUCUCUUUCUUGCAAGCUAUUUCAAGUUCUAAUAAUUUGGAAGAUGUGGAAAAGAUGUCCAUCACAGAUUAUUUACAUAAUAUUUUACUUGUUGAUCCAUCCACCACAUCCAAUCAACCAUUAUGUAAUAUUUCCAAUAUCAUGAUUCAUGUGAAGUUGUGUCACUUGUUGUCAUUAUGGCAAUUAUUAGAGAAUGAGCUUUCACCAGGAUCUACAAUUGAAUCCUCCAUCAUUUCAAACAGGUACAAGCGUGCCAUACCGUCAUCUCUUCUCAACCAUUUGAAAGAAUUCAAAGAAAAACUCUCACUUACUGAUCUUUCAAUCUUGACAUGCUCCAUCAAGGAAUUAUUACUCUCAUACUUUACCAAUGAAACGUUAGAUUCAGAGAUUCCUCUCAAGCAAAUGCUAGAAAUCACUCCUGCUGUGGAGAACAUGGCACAAGUUUCCAAACAAACAGACAAUGCUGACAGCAACAGUGGAGGUAAAAAGCUUGGAGAUUUCAAGUGGUUACAGUUACUAUCUGAUGAAUUGAAAACAGCACACUUGUUUGAGACUAUUGAAGUUUUUGAUUUGAAAACUCGGAAACACACAAAUUCUCUUUCUGUGGAAAACUUUUUUCCAAAUUAUUUGUGCAUUGAAGAAAAUUAUGAUGGACAUGGGCGUGAUGCAUUGUUGAUCGGUCGUGAAAAGCCAACUGUUCCAACCAUGACCUACAGUGUUUGUAAGAUAGACCUUCAUGAAUUUCUUUCGAAUGGAGAUCUUUCAAUUCCCUUCAUUUGGGAAAACAAGUUAUUUACAAGAGCACCUUUAGGAAUGUGUAUUGUGACUAAGGCACAGCGAGAGUUAGUCGUGUGUGAUCCGGGAAAUUGUUUUUUAAGAGUUUUAAAUUUAAAGACAGGAGAGUUGACCAGAAACAUUGAAAUUGGUCUUGAGCCAUGUGAUGUUUGUGUUGUAUCCGAUGAGGAGUUGGUCGUAUCAUGGGCCUACUCCAAAGCUGUUGUGAAAGUGAUAGCAAAAAAGAAUUCAGAGGCAGCAGAUCUUUACCUCUUGUGUGGAGAUCGCUCAAGAUUAGAGCACUUUGUGGAAGCUUAUUCGGUUAUUUUUGACUCACAAAAUAACCAAUUCAUUGUUUCUGAUCCAGAAUUUAACACUUCAAACUAUUCGAAAGACCCUAAAGGAAUGCUUCAACUGUUCUCACGUCAGAGAAGACCUGUUAAAGAAUAUGGAAAUUCAUCGAGCAGAGAUAGCUUACUGAAAUUCCCUAAAGGACUCUGUUUGCAUAGGGAAACACACGAACUAUUUGUGUGUGAUUUCGGUGACGCUCAUGUCCUCAUUAUUGAAUAA